AUGCCGGACGAGACAGCCGACAACACCACCCCUUCGGGUCGGUUGGACAUCAAGAUGAUGGAGGCCCGCCUUUCGAGGGCCAACAGGGAUUUUUGUCUUUGCUGCAUCCGCCAGUUGGCUAGCACGCGUGACCCCAUAUUCAUCUGCAUGAAUCACUUCAGCGGCAAACCAGGCAGUUGCGACUAUUGUUAUGCCCGCGAUUACACUUGCUACGCUGUCCCUCCGAAGCUUAAUGAAGCUGCUACCCGCGUCAAAGAAACUGCAAUGGCGUUCAGCAGUGUUUACAUGGGAACGAACUUCAUCGAGAGAGUCGAAUUCAACGCUGCCGUCACGGACUGGAUGCAAGCAUAUGACAGAUGGCGUGACGCUGGAAACACGGAGGCCCAACUCAAGAUCAACGGAGACUUCAGCCCUCCGUCUUCACGCCCCGCUACUCUGGCUGAUCUCGAGGCCAUGGAGGAGCGACUGAACCUCCGCCUGGACGGCAUCAUUGGAGAUCUGAUCGGAAAAUGUGCCUUCUUCUACAACCUCGGUGCUUUGCAGAAUGCACCGAAGAAGGCUGGUGAUCCGGGAGCUGGUGGUCCGGGAGCCGAUGAGUAG